UUUUGCGUUUUUAUAUGAUUUUUUAAGUUCGUUGCUAGGUUGCAUCUGCUAUUUUUUUGCCCCCAAUUUUUGAUGGUUCUACCAAUAUCCGAAGCCUCAAAACCCUAUCUUUGUCACUCUCCUGCUUGAUUCUGCCUACGCAUCCGAAUCUUGGCCGCUUUGUAAGCUGAAUGUCGCCUGGGUUUUCUCGAGCGGAGUAACUGGGUUUGGAUCUUUGUUCUUCUUUUGGUCGCCAUUUUGGAGUUGAAUCUCUUCACCGCGUCGGACUUCUUCCCUCUCCUGGGGAUUCUUUGUGCCGCAAGUUCUUGAAUGCAGUGUCACUCAUCCACAAAUGGUGAUGCUUGUUUGCUGCGGACAACCGGAAGAAGCAGAAUUCGGCCGAUAUAGUACCAAAUUGCAAUAAGAAAAUGCAUCCAUAUUCACUUAAAAGUUCCAAGGGAGCACCGUUUCCACCGCGACCGAUUCUUGUCUUCCUCAUUGCAAUAUUUGGAUUCUAUGUAUGCUACAUCUCCUUUAACCAGAUAACACUAGAGAAUAGAUCUGAGGAGAACAGUGGAGAAGUGCAGGCAGAAAUUCAUUGCCGAAAGCCUCAUCUUCCUCAUGAGGAGCUGCGUUAUGUGCACUUUCCGAAACCUGAGAGUUAUAGCAGGGGAGAGUGUUCCUGCAAUCUGGUUCGAUCCUUUGUGCUUGUAUCUAUGCAACGGUCGGGAAGUGGAUGGUUUGAGACUUUGCUGAACAGCCACCCUAACAUCAGCUCAAAUGGUGAAAUAUUUAACAGGGUGGAUAGAAGAGAGAAUAUCUCAUCUAUCUUACAGACCCUUGACAAAUUGUAUAAUUUGGAUUGGUUCACCAGUGCAGCAAAGAAUGAGUGCACGGCUGCAUUUGGAUUGAAGUGGAUGCUAAAUCAGGGGUUUAUGGACCAUCAUGAUGAUAUAGCUAGUUAUUUAAACAAGAAGGGUGUUUCCGUGAUAUUUCUCUUCAGGAGAAAUACAUUGCGCAGGCUUAUCUCUGUUUUGGCUAAUGAUUACGACAGAGAUGCGAAGCAGCUGAAUGGAACCCACAAAUCCCAUGUACACUCAAAAGAAGAGGCUGAGAUAUUAGCGAAAUUCAAGCCGGUGCUGGAUGUGUCAAAUCUGAUUCCAAACAUCAGAAAUGCCGAGAAAUACAUCAGAGAUUGCUUGGACCACUUCAACACCACACGGCACAUGAUCCUCUACUACGAGGAUAUUGUCCGCAACAGAAAUGCAUUGUUCCAGGUACAAGAAUUCCUCGGAGUUCCGGUGAGAAAGCUGGUCAGCAGGCAGGUGAAAAUUCACACUAGUCCUCUUCCAGGCCUUGUCAGGAACUGGGAUGAUGUGAGCAACAAACUGAAUGGGACACAGUAUGCUCAUUUUCUUGACGGUGCAGAUUAUGUCAGGUGAUCUACAUGGAUGUGAGCGACAGGAUUUUUUUUUUCAUAUGGGGUUUUAGUUGCCAUAUGAUUGAUUCUUUUGGUACAAAUGAGUUGGUAAAAGAAAGGGAUAACGAUAAAUAGAUCAAGAUGAGAGACCUUGUGAUCAAAUUGUACAUGCUUUCCACUACUCAUUACCUUCAGAGCUCAAAUUGCAAAUAUAUGCUCAAAAUUGCUGACAGUUUUGUGAUGGUUAUUUUGUGAUCAAAGGAAUACACUAUUUUGGUUCACUUGGAA